AGCUCCUACGUCGGUCGCACUUUAGAUAAACGCAGAGGGAGGGCCAGCAGCGUUCCAAGUGGAGGCAGAGGGCGCGAGGCAGGCGAGGCGAGGGUCUCUCUCGCGAGAGUUGGAGCGAGCAGCGGCGGAGGCAGCGCCCGGAGGCAGGCAGUUGGGCGCGCGGACGCUUGGGCUGUUCUUUCAUCGUCGCCAUGUCCUACUGCCGGCAAGAAGGAAAGGACAGAAUUAUAUUUGUGACCAAAGAGGACCAUGAAACACCAAGCAGCGCUGAACUGGUAGCAGAUGAUCCCAAUGAUCCUUAUGAAGACCAUGGUUUAAUAUUACCUAAUGGAGAUAUCAACUGGAAUUGUCCUUGCCUUGGUGGAAUGGCUAGUGGUCCUUGUGGAGAACAAUUCAAGUCAGCCUUUUCCUGUUUCCAUUAUAGUAAGGAGGAAAUAAAGGGAUCUGAUUGUGUGGACCAGUUUCGUGCAAUGCAAGAGUGUAUGCAGAGGUACCCAGAUCUGUACCCCCAAGAAGAUGAUGACGAUGAUAAAGAAGAAAAACAGAGCAAAGAUUUAGAAAGUACGCCUGCUGUAAGCAAAGGAGAAGAGGGAUCUAGCUAAUGAAGCUGCAUGGAGGCUGUGGUCUCCUUUCUAUAUUCAAAAGACCUGUGCAAAGAAUCUUCACCCCCUUCCCUUUUUCUUCUCCAUCCCUUUGGAUCCUUCAAAGAAUGCCCUUCAUAUCUAUUCCAUACACUAUCAUGUGAAAUAAAUUGCUGCAAAGGAAUGCACCUCAGUUGUACAGUCUCAGCAGGUAUUGUAGAGCAGUUGUUCCAUUGCAAAAACCAUCUGCAGAUAUCAGCGCUGUUCUAACCAUUAUUUUCUUCUCCGGUCACAUUGUUUGCAGCUUGGCUUAAAUGAGAAAAGUAAAGACGUGGCACCCGCACACAUGGGGAGGAAAUCUAUCAGGAAAGAUGAUAGAUUAAUUAAAUUAAAUUUGUGUUGGUUGUCUCUAAAUGUCUUCUGUGCUUUAAAAAAAUGGCAUUAAAUGCUUCCUCAAAACCAGGAAUAUUCAGAAACUGUUGAGAAUAUGUGCAACCAUUUCAUUUGGGUGCUUUAAUAUCUACAAAAUUUUGUAUAUGCUACUGAUUUCUGAAAAUGAUAAUAUGUUGUAGGAGGAGUGGGAUUAAUGUUAUAAGAAUAAUUUCCCCAUUUUAAACGAACUGUGUUGAUCAGUUUUCACAUAACUGAGUUGGUAGUUUAAAAAAAGCACUGACCACUGUGUACCUUAAUAUUCCGUUUUGUGGGGUCCCCUCUGUCCAUUCUAUAGACAGGUAGUUUAAAAUGGUGCCCUUCACAGGAAAAUUACAAUGUUACCUGGAGUAACAACGUCUGGAUAGUAAUUGUAACAUGAAUGUAUAUUAAAAACAAAAUCUUUCUACUUUG